ACAGUCCGUUUAAAGAGCCGCACGGAGUCUCUCGUGCGUUGAACUCUCUCCACGAGAGCGCGCGGUAGAAAGAAUCGUUUAGUGAGCACGCUGUUUUAUUCUCCAUACUCUUUACAGACUCUGUGUCUCACUGUCUGUCUUUUUUUCUGACAGCCACAUCCGAACAUUAGACAGUAUGGGACUCUAAAUAUCUUUUCUCACCUUGUGGAUUUUGGUUGGAUAUCUGCGCUUAUAAAAUAGAGGACAUAGACAGAAUGGGAUUUUAGUGUGCUUAUGAUGCAGCAGGCGAUAUGACUCGCUACGUGAGUUCCGUGGAUUCUCCCCGCAGGCGAAGAUCCGGAGAAUGAUGGACGAGAACAAGCAGCUCGCGCAGCGGAUCGAUGGCGCGAUCCAGUGCGCGAAGCAGGAGGUGGCGAACCUGCGCGCGGAGCUGACAGCCACCGGCCACAGACUGGCGGAACUCGGCGAGCUGGAAGAACCGGGCGAACCGCAGGAACACCAGCAGCAACAACAGAACCAUCACGAUGCACCGGUGCAAAGACAGAAAGCUUUGACAGAGCUUGGUCAAAAAAGUGACGUUGUUCUUCAGGAGACGUCAUUAGAUAAAGUGCUGUUGCAUGAGGAGGUGGUGCGUCUGCAGGAGGAGGUGUCAGUGCUGAAGCAGGUCAGGGAGAUGUUGAAUCGUGAGCUGGAGGAGACAGGAGGAGGCUGCUCUGUGGAGCUGCUGUCGGUUUCACAGCUCCGUGUGCAGCUAACACAGAAAGAGCAGGAGCUGGACAGAGCAAAGGAGGCAUUGCAAGCAAUGAAGGCAGACAGGAAGCGUUUGAGGUUGGAGAGAACUGAUCUGGUGAAUCAGAUGCAGCAGCUCUACACAACACUGGAGAGCCGUGAGGAACAGCUACGGGACUUCAUACGCAACUAUGAGCAACACCGAAAAGAGAGUGAGGAUGCAGUGAGAGUUCUGGCAAGGGAAAAAGAUUUGUUAGAACGGGAGAAGUGGGACCUACGCCGACAAACCAAAGAGGCCUCAGAACAUGCAAGUGCACUCCGGUCUGCACUGGACCUGAAAGAGAACAGGAUCAAGGAGCUGGAGGCUGAACUGACUAUGAUGAGUAGCUUUAUGGCUCAGAAACUAGAGAGUCGCGUGUUUGUUCGAUCUCCAGAAAGACCAGCUUCACCCAAAACAGUGUCGGCAAAACAGUCUUUGGCUACUCUCACUAAGGAUGUUCCUAAGCGACACUCGCUGGCCAUGCCCACAGAGACUGUCGUCAACGGCAACCAAGAGUGGGCGAUGCAUGCAGAGCUUCCUCUAACUGCGGCGAUACGACAGAGUCAACAAAACCUUUACCACUCAAUGGACAGACAGGUACUGAAAGCAUCACCGUGUGUGUGCGAUGCUGACGGCAUCAGCAUGAUGUCAUCAGCCGCAGCCAGGAUCAGUCCGUGUCACUCUAAACAACCGUCAGUCAUCUCAGACGCCUCGGUGAUGGAGGGAGAGAGAUCCUCAACGCCAUCAGAUUCACCACGACACAGAACACACUCCCUCUGCAAUUCUCUAGAGGAUCUUGAGGAGCAGAGACGCAGAAAGAAGAAAGAGAGGAUGGGUCUGGGCUCUCUGUCGAGGGUGUUCGGUCGAGGAAAGCAAAGAAAGUCUCUGGACCCCACUCUAUUUGAUGACUCCGACAGUUUAUCAAGCCCCGCCCGCCUCAGUGUGAGCCUAUCAGAAUGCGAGGACCAUCUGGAUCGGCUUCAGCAAGUGGAGCUCGCGCGGACGGCCCCCAUGUCCCGUUGGCGUGCAGGAACUGUGCAGGCGUGGCUGGAGGUGAUCAUGGCCAUGCCCAUGUACAUACGGGCCUGUGCGGACAACGUUAAAAGUGGGAAGGUUUUGUUAGUUCUUACGGAUGAGGACCUGGAGUUUGUUUUAGGGAUCAGUAAUUCAAUGCACCGCAGGAAACUCCGUCUGGCCAUUGAAGACUACAGGGACGCGGAUUCAGGACAUGGCCUUUCUAAAGCAGCUGAUCUGGAUCACCACUGGGUGGCUCAGGCCUGGCUGACUGAUGUAGGUCUCCCUCAAUAUUCCCAGUUCUUCCACACUCACCUUGUGGACGGACGUCUCCUAAGUACACUCACACGCACUGACCUUGAGAAGCAUCUGCACGUGUCUAAAAAAGCCCACCAGAACAGCCUGCUGCUGGGAAUACAGCUGCUACACACGCUCAACUUUGACAAAGAGAUUUUGCAGUCCAGGCGAUCAGAGUGUGAGAAUCAGAACACAGACCCUGUAGUGUGGACCUGUCAUCGCAUCAUCAAAUGGAUCAAAGAGAUUGAUCUGAAGGAGUUUGCUGACAAUCUUCAGAGCAGUGGGGUUCAUGGUGCCAUCAUGGUGAUGGAUCCCUCCUUCAGCUCUGACACCAUGGCGGCGGCUUUAUGUAUUCCAGGCAACAAGCACAUGGUCCGUCAUCACCUGAAUGAAGAGGUGAAGGCACUGGUCAGUGCAGCCAGGGCAGGGCUUGAUCAGGAAGUCGAACCUUUGGGGACUCCGCCCACACUUCACCGGCAAAGUUCUCUAAGCAGCUCAUCACCCAGCAGUCAUGACGAUCAGCAGUCUUUAAGGAGGGUGAAGCAGCAGCUUGGUCUCAGCCCAAAGAAUUUCACUGGACGAAAGAUCAGUCACCAGAACAGAUCCGGGUCAUUUCCAAGGAAUGGACUUCAGGAGGUCUCCCUGCAACGAGAGCAUUGCCCAGUUCGACAUUUUUCUGCUGCUGAGCUCACCAAUGUCUGAGUCAUUCUCCUGUUGAGAUCACUGACGAAAAACAUGACACUUUCUUAAAGCUCCCAAAUGGGGGAUUUUCUUAUCUUUUUCAUGGUGAACGUUGAUGAAAUCUAAAAGAAAGUUCACAUUUUCAGUCUCUGGACUCUCAGUUUUCCAGUAGCGGUCUUGGCUUUGCUUUGUAGACCUUACGUUGUUGUUUGUGACUGUAGACUCAUCUGUCUCAAAGUGAGACAAUUUUAAGAAUCCAUUUAAAGGGCACACACACUAAACAUUUAUUUAUCUGUUUAGAUUUUGACAAAAUUAUUGUCACUGGCGGGUAAGGAAUGUGUGAGGAAGCAGGGUGAAGUAUCCUGACAAUUAUAAUUAUAAUUUGUGAGAACUCCACAAAGAAAAUUGUUUUAAAGUUGGAUACACCACCAGUGGUUCAAAUAGUUCAGAUCUGCUGCUUUUGUGUACCAACUGUAAAUUCCAAUCUCAAUAUCAUGCAAACAUAGCUAUGCUACCAACUCCAAGGUCAUGCACAUUGCUAAGCUGUAGCAGGGGUUAGGCUAAUCAUCAUAGUAAAUGUGCAAAGAUCAAAGAUAUGACCGUUGUACAUUUACGUGUUUAUUAACCGACUUUCUGAAGCAGCGUAAAAGGAGGUGCAUAUAUUUAUAGAUAAAGACAGGACAACGUUCUCCAUAUAAAAAUGGUCUUUAAUUUUAGUUAAAUGUUCUCUCUGUCAGCCUACUUCCCUAUUUUAUCCCAGGACAUUAAAACAAGAAAACAUUUUUAGGGAGUUGAUUUUUUUUUUUUUUUUUUUUUUUUAUUAUCAGCUAAUUUUUCCCCCUUCGUCAUUGUUGUGUUUUUGUUAAAUAUUUAUUCCUCAUAUUUCUAGUAUCUGAUAAACAUCAUACCUGACAUUCCCACAGUUUCCCACACAGGAUUAAUAAAGUACUUCAUUAUACUGAGAAAAAUAUGUAUUACAUUUCAGAGCACUCCUUGUUCCAUUUACUGUAAAAGUUACAUGAUGUUUCCUAAUGCAAAGAGGAAGCACCUUGCCUAUAUGGUCAACCUUUGUCCAACAUUAUUAACACUGGCAGAAUCACAACUGCCCAUAAAGUCGUUAAAUAUUGUUGAGCAUUUGUCCCGCUCUAAGAAUUUAUGUUUGACUGAACCUUGUUUGACAUAUUUAUGUGGGUGAUGCUGGUGAUUUGAUGACUGUAGAAUGGUGUGAUAAAUAAUGCUAGUUUCUUGGAAAAUGUUUAAACAACUCCAUGUCAUAAAUAAACUUCAUGUCAGCUUCU